UGAACAAAAAAUAGGUAUAUAGUUAAUAAAAAAUAACCAAACAAACAACCAAAUACUUUAAAAUAACUCCAAAACUUGUAUCUUAUCAACUUCUUUUUAGUUCAAUCUUUUUCCAAAAGUUCAAUCUCUUACUUUUCCAACUUGUUACCAUCCGUAACACCAAUUUUACGUUUAUUAUUUUUCAUAUAAAAUACUUCAAUCUCCACGUUAUAACAUUCUUUGACUUAUCCCGUCUCCGUGCAGUUAAGAGAAUUAAUCUCCCCCAUAUCCCUGUAUGUCCAAGCAUCUAUCUUUAAUCUCUAAUAUCUCAACUUGUUACCAUCCCAUUUUAGAUAUUUUUCUACAUUUUAAGUAUCCCAAUCUCCAAGUUUUAACAUUUUUUGACUUAUUUCCGGAACAAUUUAACUGCCUAAGAUAACUGAGCGAGUUUAAUGAUUUGUCUCUCAAUCCUCCACAUAUUCCAGUAUAUCCUAUUAUCCAUUUUUAGUCCUUAACAUAUCAAAUAUCCCAAACAAAUCAUAUCACAUAUUUUUAUUCCAAUUUCUGACUUAUCUCAACUUUCUACUUCCCAACUCUCUUAAAUAUUUCAACCUACAUGUACUUCAGGGGUGUGCGAGUUUCGCCUUUCGCCUUUCGCCGAUUUUCGCCUUUUUUGGACUUUCGUCUUUCGCCUUUCGCCGUUCGCUUUUUAAAAUCACUUUCGGCACACCCCUGAUGUACUUGUAUCCACAAAUAUUCCGAGCAUUUUAAAUAUCUCAAGAUAUGAGGUAUCCCUAUCUUAACAACAUCCAAAGGGUUAUAGGAUAAGUAAAAAAAGUUCACAAUAAAAAAUAAUUUUUAGAAAAAUAUAAAUGUUAAUAUUCCCCUUAUUUUUAACUUUAUUAAAUCUAAAAAUAAUCAAAAGUUCAAUUUAUACCCCAACUACAUAUCCAGAUUCUUUAAUUAAUUACUCAACUUGCGGUAUUGACCAUCCUUCACUUAUAUGUGAUGUUGAUAAUUUAUUAAAUUUUGGUUAUGGUGGAAAAACGAAAGGGAUUCAACUUUUGGACAAAGCUCUCGAAAAUAUUCGAAAAAACACAAAAUGUGUGUGUGAUGAAUUACUACAAAAUGAUAUUAAUGAAAUGAGGAGUGUUUGUAAAGAGGAUGAGGAAAGGAAAUUGAAAGGGGGAGGAUAUACAAUUUCUGUUGUGAUUUUGGAAAAAAUGGAAGUUAGUGAGGAAUUGAGAAGGAAAUAUAGAAAAGGAACUUCUCUUCCAGCUAUAUUUGCUGACGCAUUAAAAAAUAGAUUAAAUAGAGGAAGGUGUAAUGAUGAUGCUUUAAUUGUGUUGGCGAUAAAUGAUAGUUCUGUGAGUUUAUAUUAG